GUGACUAAAAGCAUGGCGUAACAAUACGUGAACUAUUUUCAGAAUGGCUGCGCCCAUGAAAUGCACUUUUUCUUGACUUUUUCAAAAUCGACAGUGAUAUAAAACAAUUUUAUUAAUGUACAUCAAAAUCCGUCGUUUGACUGCUGGUGACAAACGAAAGUAAUGGCUAAACUACAAGAAUUAAUGAAGCUGUCUGGACAUCAGGACCGAGUUUGGUGCGUUGCAUGGAAUCCCACAGGAACAUUGCUGGCCUCUUGUGGGGGAGACAAAACAAUUCGAAUUUGGGGAAAGGAAGGAGACAAAUGGGUUUGCAAAAGCAUCCUUGCAGAAGGCCAUCAGAGAACAAUUCGCAGUGUUGGCUGGUCCCCGUGUGGCAAUUACUUGGCUAGUGCCAGCUUUGAUGCUACUACCAAUAUCUGGAGCAGGAAAGACGGGGAAUUUGAAUGCAUUGCAUCUCUAGAGGGCCACGAGAAUGAAGUAAAAGCUGUAUCAUGGGCUCCAACUGGUUUAUUACUGGCAACGUGCAGUAGAGACAAAAGUGUGUGGAUUUGGGAAGUCACAGAAGAUGAAGAAUAUGAAUGUGCAAGUGUGAUCUCCAGCCACACCCAGGAUGUUAAGUAUGCAGUGUGGCAUCCAACCAGAGAAAUGCUUGCAUCAUGUAGCUAUGAUAACACAAUCAAAUUAUUUAAAGAGGAGAUAGAUGAUUGGACAUGCUGUAACACAUUAGAAUCCCAUACCUCUACCGUGUGGAAAAUAAGCUUUGACCAGACAGGUCACAGAAUUGUAUCAUGUAGUGAUGACAAAACAUUGAAAAUUUGGCAAGAAUAUUUACCGGGAAAUCCAGAGGGAAUUGAUACAACAGGAAAAGAGUCAACAUGGAAAUGUGUGUGCACCCUCUCCGGAUACCACAACCGAGUUAUCUACGAUGUGGACUGGAGUCGCAGCAACGGUUUAAUUGUGUCAGCUUGUGGUGAUGACUGUAUUAGAGUAUUUAGAGAGGAAGAGAUAUCGGACAAGAAUCAGCCCUCGUUUAGUCUGGUGUGCACUCAGAAUAGAGCGCACUCACAGGAUGUGAACUCUGUAGCCUGGAACCCUAAGGAACCCGGCCUACUGGCAUCAGGCAGUGACGACGGAGAUGUUAAACUGUGGAAAGUGGUGCUCGAUUAAAAAUUAAAAUGAAAUUCUUAUUGUUGUUUU